AUGAACCUCCUCAGCCUCCUCGGACCAGGCAACCAGGCUGUUAAGAAGCCCUCCUUUGAGCAGGGCAAAAAUCACGACUCGAUAGACCUCCAGAUCAAAUCACUUCUCUAUCUUUUCAAGCGGCUAAGAAUAAACAAACUAUCUACUUUCUUGGACGAGAGCCAUAACCUCAAGUACAUCGACCAGGGAUCAAGCGCCAGCCCCGAGCUAGUUCAGUUCUACGAAAAAUUGGACCAGACGUAUGGUGCCACAGAAUUUGUGCACAUCUUGACCCACGACGAGUAUCGUGUGAUGGUAGACUUUGUCAAAAACAAGUUCAGGUCGUACUGUGUGGUGUCAGAAGUCCCUAGCAAAAACUUGUCUAGACCCUCGUCUCCCGUAAAGGGGGUUUCCAUGAAUGAAGACGAGGUGUAUCCUCCAUUUACCGAUUACAAAGACAGAAAAGUCAAAGGAUUUAAGUUUGUGUAUUUCCCACGAGAGCAGGCUACCGCUGGACAGGUGGCUACCUUAUUGGCCGAGUCAGAUAUAUACCUCGAGCAUCACAAAGCCUUCAAUUUUACCACCAGAUACCAGUACGCAUUAGAGAGCGUAGACAAGGUAAUUCCGAACAACGGCAACUUGAAAAAGGCCAUGGAGAUAACCGAGGACGAAAAAGCUAGCAUCAUCCGGGAAUACUUGGAAAAAAUGGCAUUUAACGUGCAGUUGAGCAGAAUAUACGAGGGUUACAUGAAACUGGUCGAACCGCAAAUACCUUCCAGAUCCUCCUCGCCAACCAGAAUCAAAGUGGGCGAUUCGCCGAAACUCAAGGCCAAGCCCUCCAUCAAACAGUUGAAUUUGAGCGAGUUGUCACUUAGCUCCAAGCCCACUUUGCCUCAGGCGUCGCCCACAAAGACGUUUUUAGCUCCGUCACCUCUGAAGCUAUCACCUAUGAAAUCUUCACAGGGUCUCAGAACAUCCAGACCAUCUUCACCCACCAAGCAGCUCAAGGCCAAGCCUUCAAUCUCCAAGAUGAGAUUGGACGAGCUCUACAAUCCGGUAGCCUCGCCUCCCGUUUUACAGGAACCGUUCAGCGACUACAAGUCAGAGUCCUCACACACAUCCGAGACUUCGUCCACGCAUAACGACAAUUUGGGGCAUACAGAGAUCCGGGUCGAUAUCUAUGAGAAAUGCAAGCUAGCUGUGGCUGAUAAACUAAAGAGAGAGAAACUUAAGCUUGCGAGCUAA